AUGAAGUCUGUCCUCGCCACCAUUUUCACAGCUACCUUCUCGCUAGCCUAUUCCAAGCGAGACGCGACAUGCCAUGCCGUCACGGCCUUCUACGCCAGCUGCAGUCUGCAUUCGCUACACUGCAAGGUCUCUGACGCUGAUGCUACCAAGAAUCUCACCAGCACGCACCACAUCGCGAGCAAGGAGCUAGUCGUCAGAGACUACGGCAGUGUUCAAUAUCAAAGCUAUACUGGCCCGCCGGAUUUCGGGGUCCAGGUUGCUUGA